UUCUCCCUUUGUAUGUGAAGAAACACAAAUCCAGACUUUCAGAGAAAUUUCAGAGAAUGAAUGAAGGAAUAUCAAAUCAUGGAAUCUCAACACUUGUGAAUGAGAUCUACACGGAGCUUUACAUCACAGAGGGAGGGAGUGGAGAGAUCAAUAAUGAACAUGAGGUGAGACAGAUUGAGACAACAUCCAGAAGAUCAGAGACACAAGAAACACCAAUCAAAUGUAAUGACAUCUUUAAAGCUUUACCUGGACAAGACAAACACAUCAGAACUGUGCUGACUAAAGGAGUCGCUGGAAUUGGAAAAACCGUCUCUGUACAGAAGUUCAUACUGGACUGGAGUGAAGGAAAAGAGAAUCAGGAUCUUCACUUCAUAUUUCCACUUCCUUUCAGAGAGCUGAAUCUGAUGAAACAGAAAAAUAUCAGUCUGAUUGAUCUUCUUCAUCAGUUCUUCACAGAUACAAAACAACUGAGAUCAACAGACUUUGAUGACUACAAGGUUUUGUUUAUCUUUGAUGGUCUGGAUGAGUGUCGACUUCCUCUAGAUUUCUCAAACAAUCAGAGUUUGUUUGAUGUAAAUGAAUCAGCAUCAGUGGAUGUUCUGCUGACAAACCUCAUCAAUGGAUAUCUGCUUCCUUCUGCUCUGAUCUGGAUAACAUCACGACCAGCAGCAGCCAAUAAGAUUCCUCCCGAGUGUGUUGACCAGAUCACAGAUGUACGAGGAUUUGAUGAUCCUCAGAAGGACGAGUAUUUCAUGAAGAGAAUAAAUGAUGAGAUUCUGGCCAACAGAAUCCUAACACACAUCAAAUCAUCCAGAAGUCUGUACAUCAUGUGUCACAUCCCAGUCUUCUGUUGGAUUACAGCCACUGUUCUAGAGAGAAUGUUGAGUGAAGCAGAGAGUAAAGCAGAGAUCCCCAAGACUCUCACACAAAUGUUCACACACUUCCUGAUCUUUCAGACCAAACUGAAGAGUCAGAAGUAUGAUGGGAAAUGUGAGGUAGAUCUUCAGCAGGCUAGAAAGAGUCUUCAGUCACUGGGAAAACUGGCUUAUCAACAGCUGGAGAAAGGGAAUCUGAUCUUCUAUGAGGAGGAUCUGAGAGAGUCUGGCAUUGAUGUGAGAGAAGCUUCAGUGUAUUCAGGAGUUUGUACUCAGAUCUUCAGAGAGGAGUCUGGACUUUACUUCGGGAAGGUUUACAGCUUUGUUCAUCUGAGCAUUCAGGAGUUUCUUGCUGCUUUAUUUGUGUUUCUUUCAAUUCUUCAACAAACAUCAGGACCCUUCAGCAGGUUCAAAUCAAAUAUGACAGAUUUACUGAAGAGUGAAGUGGACAAAGCCUUACAAAUUGAGAACGGACACCUGGACCUUUACCUCAGAUUUCUCCUGGGUCUUUUACUGGGGUCCAAUCAGACAAUCUUACGAGAUCUGAUGAUACAGACAGGAAGCUCUGACAGCAGACAGGAAAUAGUUGAGUACAUUAAGAAGAAAAUCAGAAAGAAUCCCUCUCCAGAGAAAACCAUCAAUCUGUUUCACUGUCUGAAUGAACUGAAUGAUCAAUCACUAGUGCAGGAAGUCCAAACAUACCUGAACAGAGGAGAUAACUGUAGUUUAACUGGAGUCAAACUCUCUCCUGCUCAGUGGUCGGCUCUGGUGUUUGUGUUGCUGAACUCAGAAGAGAAGCUGGAUGAGUUUAUACUGAAGAAAUAUGAUCCAUCAGAUGAAUGUCUUAUGAGGCUGCUGCCAGUGAUCAAAGCAUCCAGAAAAGCUAAUCUGAGUGGCUGUAAUCUAACAGACAAAAGUUGUUCAUCAUUGGCCUCAGUUCUCAGCUCAAACUCCUCAAGUCUGAGAGAACUGAACCUGGGGGACAAUAAACUGCAUGAUUUAGGAGUAAAGCUGCUGUCUGAUGGACUGAAGAAUACAAACUGUCAACUGAAGACAUUACAUCUGAGUGGCUGUAAUCUGACAGAGAAAAGUUGUUCAUCAUUGGCUUCAGUUUUCAGCUCAAACUCCUCAAGUCUGAGAGAACUGAACCUGGGGGACAAUAAACUGCAUGAUUCAGGAAUGAAGCUGCUCUCUGACGGACUGAAGAAUAAAAAGUGUAAACUGAAGAAAUUACAUUUGUAUGGCUGCAGUAUUGGAGAUAAAGGUUGUGCUGCUUUGGCUUUAGCUCUGACAGCAAACCCAUCACAUCUGAGAGAAUUGAAUCUAAACUUUAAUAAUCCAGGAGAUUCAGGAGUGAAGCUGCUCUCUGGUCUACUGAAGGAUCCACACUGUAAACUACAGAGAGUAAAUCUGAGCUCUUGUAAUCUGACAGAGAAAAGUUGUUCAUCAUUGGCCUCAGUUCUCAGCUCAAACUCCUCAAGUCUGAGAGAACUGAACCUGAAUAACAAUAACCUGCAGGAUUCAGGAGUAAAGCUGCUCUCUGAUGGACUGAAGAAUACAAACUGUAAACUGAAGACAUUACAGCUGUCUAACUGCAGUAUUGGAGCUGAAGGUUGUGAUGCUUUAACUUCAGCUCUGAUAUCAAACCCAUCACAUCUGAGAGAACUGGAUCUGAGCUGUAAUAAUCCAGGAGAUAUAAGAGUGAAGCUGCUUUCUGAUCUACUGAAGGUUUCAAACUGUGUACUACAGAAACUAGAGUAA